AUGAGUUACAGUGCCAUCUAUGAAAACUUUAAUUUUGAAUAUCAAAAAUCGAUUGAAGACAAAGACAACGUUGUUCCGAGUUCCAACGAAAAAUUUUGUCAAGGGGUAAAAAAUGAGACUAAAAGUUCGGAAAAUCAAACUAGAAAUAUUGAUGGGAAAGAGGAGGAAAAUCAUAUUCAGCACGUGUUUGGUCCGAGUAGGAGGUGUUUGGCAUGGGCUUGCAAGGCGUGCAAAAGAAAAACCGCGGCAGUUGACCGGCGUAAAGCUGCCACUUUACGGGAGCGACGGAGACUAAGAAAAGUUAACGCCGCGUUCGAGGAAUUAAGAAUACGCGCCCGGGCAGGCAGCGGACGGCUGCCAAAACUAGAAAUCCUGCGCGCAGCUAUCCAGCAUAUAGAGAGGUUACAGGCCGCCCUGCGAGCUGCCGCUGUCUUGGAGUCAGAAAGUUGUAAAAGCUACGUAGAGCCGGUGACGGCGUCGCGAGGGCACGACGAAUCUCGGGACACCAAAGCGGAGCGCGAAAGGCCUUUCCUUAAUGGUGAUUCCGGAUCGUGUGGUCUAAACAGCCUGGCUCGGCUACGUUGUAUAGUGCAAGCAUUGGCAGCAAAGGACAGUGCUCCAUGA